AUGUUCUAUAUAUUGGAUAAAAUCAGCGAUGAUCUUAUUAACUUCAUUCACAUGAAACGUGGCGACAAUGAAAAAGUUGAAUUAGAACUCAAGGAUAUGGCAGCUUUGUAUUCAACUGAUGUGAUUGUUAGUUGUGCUUAUGGUGUUGACGCAAAGAGCUUGGAAAACCCAAAAGGAGAGUUUCCGACACUGGGUCGGUAUAUGUUUGAACCGACAAUCUGGCGUGGCUUUGAGUUCUUAUCUGCAUUUAUGCUACCACAAGUCACAAAAUUCUUUGGAUUCAAAUUAUUUACAGACAAAGGUGGAAAGUUCAUAGAAGAAACAAUCACACAUGUGAUGAAUGAAAGAGAGAAGAAUGGAAUUAAAAGAAAUGAUUUGGUCGAUACUUUAAUUGAGUUGAAGAAUGAUGAUGAUCCAUUUGAUAUCAACAUAAUUAUGGCACAAGCUGCAGUGUUUUUUAGUGCAGGAUACGAAACAUCGAGUAUAACUAAUUCAUUUGCCUUGUAUGAGAUUGCGAAAAAGGAGGAAAUUCAAAAUCGUGUCCGAAAUGAGAUUCGAGACAUGCUUUUGAGAAAUGAUGGUAAAGUUACUUACGAUUCAUUAAUGAAUGCAACAGAAAUGCCUUAUUUGCAUCAAAUAAUUAAUGAAACUCUUCGGUUGUACCCAAUCAUACCAAUUCUUGAUAGAGUUUGUACAAAUCCCGAUGGAUAUUCAUUAGAGCCGUAUGGAGAUUUUAAGAUUCCUAUUGGAAUGCCUGUGUACAUUCCAGUCUAUGCUCUUCAUCUUGAUGCAGACAAUUUCCCCGAACCAAUGAAAUUCAACCCCGACAGAUUUUCUCCAGAUAACAUUCACAACAUUAAACCUUUUACGUUUUUCCCUUUUGGGACUGGUCCCCGCAAUUGUAUCGGUGAACGUUUUGGUUUGAUGCAAGUGAUAACGGGCAUCGUAAAAGUUUUGAAAGAGUUUAAAUUAGAGCCUUCACCACAAACACCCACAGAGAUUGUUAUAGAAAAAAGAGCUUUUUUAUAA